AUUCCAUUUCUUACUGGUGCAUCAUGUAGGUCUUAUCUGCUCACGAAUUAUGUAAAAGCACAAGACAGUAUUGGAAUAAUGGCCGUUACAAUUCCCCUAUUCAGUAACUAUGAAUCAAAAUGGAGUUAUAACGCGAAAUUUCAAC